AUGAAGUUUACAAGUACGCAAUCCACCAAACUUGCCCUGUCUCUUGAUAGGGUUUUGAAGGAUAUUACUACAUUUAAUGGCGAUUCCACGCCGCAAUUAAUUGCUCCAGGGUGUACACUUGGCGUUACAGAUCGGGAUUCUACCGUGUACUUGAACUCGAAAGGUGUGAGAAAUAUCAAUGACCCUGUGCCAGUUACAAAUAACGAUAGCUACGCGUUGUUUUCGUGUACUAAAUCCUUGACGGUGAUGGGGGCAUUGAUUUUGUACGAACAAGGGAAACUCCAAUUAGAUAUUCCCGUUUCUACAUAUUUCCCAGAGAUUGCCAAUAUCGGGGUAUUAGAGCCAGGAGCAGUAGACAAGUAUAGUGGUAAGCUUUCAAAGCCGUUGACGACACCGCAAACGCCAAUUACUGCCAAACACUUGAUCACCCAUACUGCCGGGUUUUCGUAUGGGUUUAUUAGUCCCGAUUACUUUGCGUUGAUCACCAAGGGCGAACGAAUCGACGCCAUCAACCCGCCCAUGGAGUUUUUCCAUAAAAAGACACCUUUGAUUCAUGAACCAGGUACUGAUUGGGCUUAUGGACAUAAUAUUGACUGGUUGGGGUUUGUUCUUGAACGGAUUAGUGGGCAGAAGUUGGGUGAGUUUUUGGCCACACACGUGUUUGAACCUAUUGGCAUGACAAGCUGUACCUUCCACAAGAAGGACCCUUCGGACUUGGUUAGGAUCCAUUUUAGAAAGCCUGAUGAGACAUUGGUUUUGCUCAAGAAGACACCAAUUAGUUUAGAUCCCAUUUUGGAUUUAGGGGGACAAGGGUGUUUUGGGAGUGUUGGUGACUACCUCAAAUUUAUCAGAGUGUGGCUCAACUAUGGGGUCUCGCCAGAUACUGGGAACCGGAUACUUAACGAGUCGACAGUCAGGUUUGCUAUUAGGAACCAUUUACCGGACGAUUUUGAGUUUGACUUUAUUGGGUUGUCACACAAUGUUCUUGAUGAAGAGGAACGGAAAAACGAUGGGUGGACAUUGACUGGAAAUGCGUAUGGUCUGAACGAUUUGCCUACAGGCAGACCCAGAGGGUCUAACUACUGGUCGGGUGUAGCCAACUUGCACUUUUGGAUUGAUUUUGAGAAUGGGAUUGGUGGGUUUUAUGCUGUUCAGGUGUUGCCAUUUAUGGACGAGUAUAAUAUUGAGAGCUACGCGAGGUUUGAGAGUGAGGUGUAUAAGGUUUUAGGUAGUCAAAGUAAAUUAUAG